UAGAAAGCUUAGCGCCACUCUCGUUCCAACGUCGCCGCACUUCAGAUAUGCCGACAAGAAGGUAAUUUAUGUAAGGAAACAUGGGUACUCAGAAAUAUUUGUGUUAAAAGCACUUUACGCCAGUUUUAAAUUCAGACUCCGAUAGUGUUGUUUAUAAGCUAAGCUACAUGUUAACGUUACCCAGACCAGCGUCUCUCCCGGCAGCUGGCUUUGCGGAUUAAUUAACAGCAGAGGAAUAGCUGGCUUUUCUCGGGCUGAAACAAACCUGUAUUUCCAAAGAUGUCGUGGUUCAAUCAUGUCAGUCAAGGCUCAAAUCAGCAGCAACAACAGCCCCCUGACAGCCACAGACCCACAGCCACAGACACCCUGUGUAGCACUCUCAACUCCAAGCUCAGAGGUCCGACAGAUGGAUCAACGACCAUGGCAACACCACACUGGACCGGCUACUCCUCUCCCAGCCCGGAGGACUUUCCAUCAGCUCCACAGGGUGUAGCCAGCCCUCCCAGCCUCGAGAAGCUGUCCUGCUCUUCCCCGAGUGCAGGUCAGAUGAGAGACCCGGAGCCCAUCUCCUAUGUAAGCCUCCAGGAGCAGCGGUGCGUCCUGAGCUGGUUCCAGGGCUGGACCGCCACACAGAGGGAACGGUUCUUGCAGGACCUUCUGGGUAAAGCUGUGCCUGGAAAAGUGUGCACCCUCCUCGACUCACUGAGUACUCUUCAGGUUAAAGACAGACUGCCCAACAUCUUUGAAUGCCAGCUGCGCCUGUGGACCCAGUGGUUUGAGUCUUGGGGAGAAGAGGAGAGGAAUCAUUUCCUGCAUAUGCUGGAAGAGUGUGACCCAGUGUUUGUCGCCCACUUUUACAGGAGCGUAGCCGGUACAGCAGGAAGAGACUGAGCAAUGUCCCCAGUGUGAUGGAAAAGCAAGUGAUUAUAAUAAAAUGUGUUGAGAGGUGAUGUGUAGUGGGAAAUGUGUGUUAGAUCUGAGAUAGUUCUCUUGAGAGAAAUGUUUGUGCAACAGUGAUGGGACUUAUUGUGGAAGGUAAACCAUCUCAUUCUAAGAACAGAAAUGUUAAUUCAGUAUAAGCUGUUUCUAUCCCGCUUCCUACACCGGUUUCUCCAGGGCUGCAUCACACAUUAUACCAAUUUUAUAUAAAGGUCAGAACUUUGUGCACAAUGCUUUCAUCAUGGGCUAAACUCUGCCAUUUAGGGACCCAAUGGCAUGAAAUUUAAAUAAACAGGUUUGACAUCUGGCUGUAGGACAAUUCAACUUACAGGACUUCAUCUAAAAACACCUGGAAUGACAUGGACAAGACGACAAAGCCUUUUUCAAAGAAUAAACAAAAUGCAUUCUCGUAUGUUUGUUGUUGUUUUAUU